AAUUGUGCAUUUACAUGUACGUAGUGUAUUAUUCUGGCUGGAGAAAGGAAGUUUAUUUUAAUAAUGCCGAUUGCCCAAGGCUCAAGCUUUUGCAUAAGUAGCACAACAGAGACGACCGAUACGUGCCAGCAUGCCAUAAACCAAAGCAAUUUUACACGUAAUAGCGCAACAACUCGUUCGAUCAUACGUUUCGAUGGAACAAGCAGAUUUACAAAUAAUCAUUUAAGGAAUAUUAACCAACCUGGUACCUCCACAAACAUGGAACUUUGGAACAUUGCAUACAUGGACAGUCUUAAUAUCAAUAGAACACAAACCACAUCUUCGGAACUCGUCAUCUCGCAAACUCCUAAGCUUGCAGAAGAACUAGCGAUUGCAGGACGGAUUUCUGAUCUAGCGCCACCAUCAACGACUAAAACUUAUGAGCCUGUGUACGAUCAGACAUGGCGACUAUCUGCUAGUUCUAGCAGGAAUGCUCCCAAGUACCAAAUAUCCCCUACAUCUUUGGCGCUAGGCAAGGCAGCUCUCAGAACCACUGAUGACAAAAAACGAUCCACGACAUUGAACAAUUAUGUACCGGCCAAAGAUGUCCCAAGCUCGAGUUGGAAGAGUGCAUUUGCUGCUUUGACCAGAUCUCCCAAAAAAGUUACUCAAGAUGCACAGCCGACAUACCCAAGAACUAGUACACCUGCGUAUCUGUGGAUACGGCCAACAUCAUCAACAACACAAACUACGAGCUCAGACGAGCUAAAAUAUGAUCUGACAAAACCAGCUGGUGUGGUGAUAUUUCACCACUUGUUCGAAAAUGAUCCUGAACGAAUUCGAAGAGGUAGUCAGCACGACCAUAAAUUGGUGAUUGACUUUUUCAACGAACUCAAUGCAAAAGUUAUAUAUAGCCAUCAAGAUCCUAAAGUCAGAAAAGUGAAAACUACAAUGGAAAACGUUAGAAAAAUGGAUUUUGGCGCAUACUCAUGCUUGAUCAUCGUUAUCAUGAGCCAUGGUGACAUAAAAAAUCAAAUAUGUGCUCUUGAUGGAAAAUACAACCUAGACGAUGAUAUAGUCGAUCCGACGCGCGCUAACAAGUCAUUGAGAGGGAGACCAAAGAUUUUUAUCGUACAGGCUUGCAAAGGUCAAAACCUGAUAGAAGCCGAUUGUAAUAAAACGGUUCCUAGUCCAAGUGACAUUUUGAUAUGCUUCAGCACUUAUGAAGGUACUCCUGCAUUUAGAAUUGUUGACGAAGGGACGUACUUUAUUCAAACUUUGAUUAAAAUGCUAAGAGAGAUGCCAGAAAUGUCAAUAGUGGAAAUCAUGCCACUCAUCAGAAGUGAAUUUAGAUCAAAAGGGAUACGUCAGGUACCAACUGAUAUGUCAACUUUAACAAAAUCGUUCUUCUUUCGGGAUCUCAAGAAACGACCGCACGUAUCUCCCACGUUGGUUAAAUAGCAUAUUCGAUACCAGGUGAAAUGACCGUUCGACGUCCCCAUGACAAAGGUUCAUUACAGUCUUACAUCCGUCUUCGCUCCGAGGGUCGCUUAUUUGGAUGGAAGUUCAUUUUCAUGUUUAACCUAACUUGGUUCAAAUCUGGCAGUUCAUGAUUUGCGAUGGUUUUAAUCACUAACAACAUUGAAACAAACCGACACGUGAAGAGACCUGUACAACCUCGUUUAGACAAAUUUUCGUUAACUUCGUAUGAGCGACUUUCAAGCAGUCGCUGUAGUGGUAGUUUGGUGGAUUUUGAUGCAGGUCAAAGCGAACUCUCAACAGUGUUAUUAUCUAGCCAGCUUUAAAUAAUGUUCAAUACUUUAAUACUCAUACACGUUUAUACCUCUACAUUUAAGUAAUGCAAUGUUGAGCAGCAUAAGUUAAUAAAAUCAAAGAUUCAGCUUUACAAAAAUUGCAA